CGGGCGGGCAUCGCCCCCUUUCCGCUCCUCUCCUCCUCCCUCCCGCCAGGGUCCCCAGCGGCGUCCGGGGCGGCAUGGAGACCCGGCGGGGGAGGCCGCGGGGCAGCCCCCGGAGCUGAGCCGGCCGAGUGAAGGAAUGAUGUGAUGGAGGUGAAUAUGGGCCGCUGGUCAGGCUCACGGCCACCUCCGUCAUGCUUUGCCCUUCUGAUUGUCAAGCUCCUGGCUUCUGUUUGCCAAGUAGUUCAUGGGACUGCCUCGCUUGGCUUUCACUUUACACAUUCCACUUACAAUGCUACGGUGUACGAGAAUUCUGCAGCCAGGACCUAUGUCAACAGUCAAACGAGGAUGGGCAUUACAUUGGCUGACCUUUCAUGGGAUAUCAAGUACAGGAUAGUGUCUGGUGAUGAUGAGGGCUUUUUUAAAGCAGAGGAAGUCAUCAUUGCUGACUUUUGCUUCCUAAGAAUAAGGACUAAAGGUGGGAAUUCUGCUAUAUUGAACAGAGAAAUCCAGGACAACUAUUUAUUGAUGGUGAAAGGGUCUGUCAGAGGAGAGGACUUGGAAGCAUGGACAAAAGUGAACAUCCAGGUUUUGGAUAUGAAUGACUUAAGACCUUUGUUUUCACCAACCACAUACUCUGUCACAAUAGCGGAAAGCACUCCUUUAAGGACUAGCAUUGCACAGGUGACCGCAACAGAUGCGGAUAUUGGGUCCAAUGGUGAAUUUUAUUAUUACUUCAAAAGCAAAGUUGAUCUCUUCUCAGUUCAUCCUACAAGUGGUGUUAUCUCCUUAAGUGGCCGGUUAAACUAUGAUGAAAAAAACAGAUACGAUCUUGAGAUUUUGGCUGUGGACCGUGGGAUGAAGCUUUAUGGAAACAAUGGCGUAAGCAGCACUGCCAAGCUUUAUGUUCACAUUGAACGUAUAAAUGAACAUGCCCCAACAAUAAAUGUGGUAACCCAUAUUCCCUUCCCAUCAGACAAGGAGCCUACCUAUGCAGUUGUUAACAUUGAUGACCUAGAUGAAGGAGCCAAUGGAGAAAUAGAAUCCGUUUCUAUUGUGGCUGGAGAUCCGCUAGAACAGUUCUUUCUGAGUAAAGAAGGUAAAUGGAUGAAUGAGUACAAAGUCAAAGAAAGAAAGCCUAUUGAUUGGGACAGCUUUCCAUAUGGUUAUAACCUGACUCUACAAGCAAAGGAUAAAGGAUCUCCUCAGAAAUUUUCUGCAGUCAAACUUGUCCAUAUUGCUAGUCCCAAAAAAGAAAUUAUCCCCAUGAAGUUUGAAAAGGAAGCAUAUGAUAUUUUGAUCAGUGAAUUUUCACCUCCUGGUGUGGUUGUUGCAGUAGUUAAGCUGAUACCUGAGCCACAAGGUGUGGAAUAUAGAAUAUCUCCAAGUGAGGAAGCUGAGUAUUUUAAGAUCAAUCCCAACACAGGCCUUAUUACUACUGCUCGUCCUUUGAAAAUCAUUGAGAAGGACCUCUAUGAAUUAGAAGUAUAUACGAACAAAGGUGGUGAUUUAAAGGCACGUGUUACUGUCAGGUUAGAAGAUGCCAAUGAUCACACGCCAGAGUUCCAGCAGCCCUCCUACAGUUCGUUUGUCAACGAAAGCGUCCCUGUGGGUUCUAGUGUUUUGGCAGUUUCAGCAGUUGAUAAAGAUAGGGGAGAAAAUGGAUACAUAACAUACAGCAUUGCCAGUCUGAACUCACUGCCAUUUACAAUAAACCAGUUUACAGGUGUCAUCAGCACAUCUGAAGAACUGGAUUUUGAGUCCUCACCAGAAAGCUACAGGUUCAUUGUGAGAGCUUCCGACUGGGGUUCUCCCUACCGCCAUGAAAGCGAGGUGAAUGUCACCAUAUACAUAGGCAAUGUCAAUGAUAACAAGCCCCUUUUUGAAAAAGUGGCAUGUCAGGGAGUGAUUUCUUCUGAUUUUCCUGUUGGUGGUCACAUCACUGCUGUUUCUGCAAUAGACAUAGAUGAGUUAGAGCUUGUGAAGUACAAAAUAAUCUCUGGAAAUGAACUUGGCAUUUUUUAUUUAAAUCCUGACUCUGGUGUUCUGCAACUUAAAAAAUCUCUGAUUAAUUCUGGCAUAAAGAACAGCAAUUUUGGCCUUAAGAUAACGGCAACUGAUGGAGAGAACUUUGCUGAUGCUAUGUUUGUUAAUAUUUCGGUAGUUCAUGGGAAAGUGUCUUCAAAGACCUUUAGCUGUAGAGAAACCAGAGUUGCUCAGAAGCUAGCAGAAAAAUUACUCAAAAAGGCAAAAGCAAAUGUGAAGCUGAAUUUGGAAGAUGGCUUUCUUGAUUUUUAUUCGGUGAACAGACAGGCACCGCAUUUUGACAAAUCCUUCCCUACUGAUGUAAAGGUUUCAGAGGAUCUGCCAGUUGGUGCCACCAUCCUGAGGAUAAAAGCCUACGAUGCAGACUCAGGCUUUAAUGGAAGAGUGCUUUAUACAAUUUCUGAUGGUAAUGUAGAUAGUUGUUUCAACAUUGAUAUGGAGACGGGUGUGCUUAAUGUUCUUAUGCCCUUGGACCGUGAAAAAACAGAGCUCUAUCUCCUUAAUAUUACAAUUUAUGAUUUAGGAAAUCCACAGAAAUCUGCAUGGAGACUGUUGACUCUCACUGUGGAGGAUGCAAAUGAUAACAAGCCUGUUUUUUUACAGGAUGGUUACUCAGUUAAUAUUUUAGAAAGUACAAGUCUUGGUACAGAGAUUAUCCAGGUAGAAGCCAGAGAUAAAGACCUAGGAUCUAAUGGUGAAGUGACUUACUCAGUACUGACGGACACCCAGCAAUUUGCUAUCAACAGUUCCACGGGAAUGGUGUAUGUGGCUGAUCAACUAGACCGGGAAUCAAAAGCAAACUUCACACUGAAAAUAGAGGCUAGGGACAAAGCAGAGAGUGGCCAUCAACAGUUUUCCGUUGUGCCUCUGAAGGUUUUUUUGGAUGAUGUCAAUGAUUGCUCUCCAGCUUUUAUACCAUCCAGCUACAAUGUGAAGGUCUUAGAGGACCUGCCAGUUGGCACUGUCAUAGCUUGGUUGGAAACUCACGAUCCGGAUCUUAGCUUGGGAGGCCAAGUCCGUUACUCGUUGGUGAAUGAUUACAACGGGCGGUUUGAGAUAGACAAAGCGAGCGGCGCCAUCCGCUUGAACAAAGAGCUUGAUUAUGAGAAGCAGCAGUUCUACAACCUGACUGUGCGUGCAAAGGACAAGGGGCGCCCAGUUUCUCUCUCUUCUGUUUCUUUUGUGGAAGUUGAAGUGGUGGAUGUUAACGAAAAUCUCUAUACCCCCUAUUUUCCUGACUUUGCUGUCAUUGGAUCUGUAAAGGAAAAUUCACGCAUUGGUACAAGUGUUUUGCAAGUUGUUGCUCGAGAUGAGGACUCUGGAAGGGAUGGAGAGAUCCAGUAUUCCAUUAGGGAUGGCAGUGGCCUGGGGAGAUUCAGCAUAGAUGAAGAAACCGGAGUUAUCUACACAGCAGAUAUUCUUGACCGGGAGACAACCAAAUCCUACUGGUUGACAGUGUAUGCGACUGAUCAUGGUGUUGUCCCACUCUACACUACCAUUGAAGUCUACAUUGAAGUGGAGGACAUGAAUGACAAUGCCCCCCUCACCUCUGAACCUAUCUAUUACCCAACUGUCAUGGAAAACUCCCCAAAGGAUGUAUCUGUCAUUCAGAUCCAAGCCCAGGACCCUGACUCCAGCACUAAUGAAAAGCUGACUUACCGGAUUACAAGUGGAAAUCCCCAGAACUUCUUUGUAAUCAAUCCCAAAACAGGUCUGAUUACAACAACGUCAAGAAAAUUGGAUCGGGAACAGCAAGCAGAGCAUUUUUUGGAGGUAACCGUCUCAGAUGGGGGCACAUCUCCCAGGCAGUCAUCCGUUUGGGUGGUGGUCCAAGUUCUGGAUGAGAAUGAUAACAAACCUCAGUUUCCGGAGAAAGUCUAUCAAAUCAAGCUGCCAGAGAGGGACCGUAAGAAAAGAGGGGAGCCAAUCUACAGAGCUUUUGCUUUUGACAAAGACGAAGGCCCUAAUGCAGAAAUCUCGUACAGCAUUGUGGAUGGAAAUGAUGAUGGGAAAUUUUUUAUUGAUCCCAAAACAGGGAUGGUUUCUUCCAGAAAGCAGUUCACAGCAGGGAGUUAUGACAUCUUAACAAUAAAAGCAGUGGACAAUGGCCGGCCACAAAAAUCUUCAACUGCUCGCCUCCAUAUUGAGUGGAUAAAAAAGCCUGCACCCUCACCUGUGCCCCUGACAUUCGAUGAACCCUUUUACAACUUCACCGUCAUGGAAAGUGAUAAAGUGACGGAAAUCGUUGGGGUGGUCUCUGUGCAGCCAUCCAACAUUCCCCUCUGGUUUGAUAUUGUCGGUGGCAAGCAUGCUCGAGAGAUGUUCUAUAUUCUACAGACAGCUUGUGGGCAGAACUGUUCAACAGAAGGAGGGAAUUACGAUAGUUCUUUCGACGCGGAGAAGGGAGUGGGCACUAUUGUCAUUGCAAAGCCCUUGGAUGCAGAGCAGAGGUCAAUAUAUAAUAUGACUGUGGAGGUCACCGAUGGAACAAACAUUGCUACAACUCAGGUUCUUAUCAAAGUGUUGGAUAACAAUGAUAACGGCCCAGAAUUCUCUCAGCCAAGUUACGAUGUCACCAUUUCAGAGGACAUCCUCCCUGAUACUGAAAUUCUGCAAAUUGAAGCUAUAGACAGAGAUGAAAAACAUAAAUUGAGCUACACUAUUCACAGCAGCAUUGAUACAGUCAGCAUGAGAAAAUUCAGAAUUGAUCCCAGCACUGGGGUGCUCUAUACUGCUGAGAGAUUAGACCACGAAGCUCAAGAUAAGCACAUCCUUAAUGUCAUGGUCCGAGAUCAAGAAUUCCCUUAUAGAAGAAACUUGGCCAGAGUCAUCAUAAAUGUGGAAGACUCCAAUGACCAUAGUCCGUAUUUUACCAGCCCACUGUAUGAAGCCUCGGUGUUUGAAUCAGCAGCAAUUGGAUCAGCAGUCUUGCAGGUCACAGCUUUGGACAAAGACAAAGGAGAAAACGCAGAGCUGAUCUACACUAUUGAAGCAGGAAAUACGGGAAACACAUUCAAGAUUGAACCAGUUUUAGGGAUCAUUACAUUACUGAAGGAGCCAGACUUAACCACAAUCGGACAGUUUGUUUUGUCAGUCAAAGUGACUGAUCAAGGUUCUCCACCGCUGUCUGCAACAGCAAUUGUGCGAAUAUCUGUGACGAUGGCAGAUAACUCCCACCCUAAGUUCACUCUCAAAGAAUACCAAGCAGAGGUUAAUGAAAAUGUGGAUAUUGGUACUUCUGUCAUCUCUCUCUCUGCAAUCAGUCAGUCCACAUUAGUUUAUGAGGUUAAAGAUGGGAAUGUGGAUGGAGUCUUCACUAUAAACCCAUAUUCUGGAGUGAUCACCAGUCAAAAGGCCCUUGAUUAUGAACGUGCUUCCUUCUAUCAGCUUGUCAUACAGGCAACAAAUAUGGCAGGCAUGGCAUCAAAUGCCACUGUGAACAUACAGAUUGUUGAUGAAAAUGAUAACCCACCGAUUUUUCUCUUCUCUCAGUACUUGGGCAGCAUAAGCGAAGCUGCUCCUGUAAAUAGCAUAGUCCGGAGUGCAAAUAACAGUCCCCUCGUGAUACGUGCCACUGAUGCUGAUAGCAACCAGAAUGCUUUGCUUGUCUACCAGAUUGUUGAAUCUACUGCAAAGAAGUACUUCACGGUAGAUUCCAGCACAGGUGCAAUCAGAACAAUUGCAAAUUUAGAUCAUGAAACAAUAGCCCGCUUCCACUUCCAUGUGCAUGUUAGAGACAGUGGGAAUCCCCAGCUUACAGCAGAGAGCCCAGUGGAAGUGACCAUUGAGGUAACUGAUGUCAAUGACAACCCACCAGUCUUCAGCCAGGCUGUAUUUGAGACAGUCUUGCUCCUGCCCACAUAUGUUGGUGUUGAGGUUCUCAAAGUCAAGGCUACAGACCCAGAUUCAGAGAUCCCUCCUGAAUUAACAUAUAGUCUGAUUGAAGGCCAUAUGGACCAUUUUUUAAUUGAUUCAAGCACAGGGGUACUUACCAUUAAAAACAAUAGCCUCUCCAAAGACCAUUAUAUGCUAAUUGUAAGAGUUUCUGAUGGGAAAUUUUAUAGCACUGCUAUGGUGACAAUAAUGGUAAAAGAAGCCAUGGAUAGUGGACUUCAUUUCACACAAAAUUUUUAUUCCGCUUCUAUCUCUGAAAACAGCACCAAUAUCACAAAGAUUGCUGUGGUGAAUGCUGUUGGUAACCGCCUCAAUGAGCCAUUGAAAUACAGUAUAUUAAACCCAGGCAACAAAUUUAAAAUCAAAUCCACCUCAGGAGUCAUUCAGACAACUGGCAUCCCCUUCGACAGAGAGGAACAAGAGCUGUAUGAGUUGGUGGUGGAAGCAAGCCGUGAACUAGAUCACCUUCGUGUCGCUCGAGUGGUGGUGAGGGUUUAUAUUGAGGACAUAAAUGACAAUGCCCCAGUGUUCGUAGGGCUUCCAUACUAUGCUGCUGUGCAAGUUGAUGCUGAGCCUGGUACCCUGAUAUAUCGAGUGACAGCUAUUGAUAAAGAUAAGGGUGAAAAUGGUGAAGUGUCAUAUCUUCUGAAGGAAGACUACGGACAUUUUGAAAUUGAUAGAGGAUCUGGUAGUGUCACUUUAAAAGAAGCUUUCAAUUCUGAUUUAUCUAAUAUAGAGUAUUUGGUUGUCAUUCUUGCAAAAGAUGGUGGCAAUCCAUCGUUAUCUGCUUUGGUAGAGCUCCCCAUUACUAUUGUUAACAAAGCGAUGCCGGUAUUUGACAAGCCCUUCUAUACGGCUUCUGUGAAUGAAGAUGUAGAAAUGCACACACCAAUUUUAAGCAUAAAUGCAACCAGUCCAGAAGGCCAGGGUAUCAUUUAUAUCAUUGUCGAUGGAGAUCCCUACAACCAGUUUAACAUUGACUUUGAUACUGGAGUUUUGAGUGUCAUAAGCCCACUGGACUAUGAAAUAAGUUCUCUUUUCAAGCUGAUGGUGCGAGCCAGUGAUGCCCUCACUGGUGCUCGAGCUGAGGUCACUGUGGACUUGAUCAUUAAUGAUGUUAACGAUAAUCCUCCAGUUUUUGAUCAGUCGGCUUAUAAUGCUACUUUGUCUGAAGCAUCUUUGAUUGGAACUCCUGUACUACAAGUUGUUGCUAUUGAUGCCGAUUCUGACAAUAACAAGAUUGUGCAGUAUCAGAUAGUCCAGGACACCUUUAACAGCACCGACUAUUUCCAUAUAGACAGCACCAGCGGCCUAAUUCUGACAGCCCGGAUGCUGGAUCAUGAACUCAUACAGCAGUGCAGCUUGAAAGUCAGAGCAACAGAUAAUGGGUUCCCACCACUAAGCAGUGAGGUUCUUGUUAGUAUCUCGAUAACAGAUAUGAAUGACAACCCUCCAGUUUUUAACCAGCUAAUAUACGAAUCAUAUGUGAGUGAACUGGCACCUCGGGGUCAUUUUGUGACUUGCGUCCAAGCCUCUGAUGCUGACAGUUCUGAUUUUGACAGACUGGAGUACAGCAUCCUAUCAGGAAAUGAUAGGACCAGUUUUAUUAUGGACAGCAAGAGUGGUGUUAUUACCCUUUCCAACCAUCGCAAACAGAGGAUGGAGCCCCUGUACAGCCUGAAUGUCUCUGUGUCAGAUGGGCUGUUCACCAGCACAGCUCAGGUGCACAUACAGAUCCUUGGGGCCAACCUCUACAGCCCUGUGUUUUCGCAGAGUGUUUAUGUUGCAGAGGUUAGAGAAAAUGCUGCUCCUGGAACUAAGGUGAUCCAUGUGAAGGCAACAGAUGGGGAUUCAGGUGUAUACAGCCAGAUAAGCUACUCCAUAAUAAAUGACUUUGCCAAGGACCGAUUUUUGAUUGAUAGCAAUGGGCAGAUUCUAACAACUGAGAGGUUAGACCGGGAGAACCCACUGGAAAGUGAUAUCGGUAUAUUUUUGAGAGCCCUCGAUGGAGGUGGCAGGACUACAUUUUGCACUGUGAGAGUGAUAGUAGUGGAUGAGAAUGACAACGCUCCUCAAUUCAUGACAGUUGAAUACAGAGCAAGUGUCAAAGCAGAUGUUGGGAAAGGUUACUUGGUGACCCAGGUGCAAGCAGUAGAUCCAGAUGAUGGAGCCAAUUCCAGAAUUACUUAUUCUCUAUAUAGUGAAGCUUCCGUUUCAGUAGCUGAUCUGCUUGAAAUAGAUCCAGACAAUGGAUGGAUGGUCACCAAGGGUAGCUUUAAUCAGCUGAAAAACACAGUUCUGUCGUUCUUUGUCAAAGCAGUUGAUGGUGGCAUUCCUGUAAAGCAUUCCCUCAUUCCUGUCUACAUCCAUGUUUUACCCCCAGAAACUAUUUUGCCUUCCUUUUCUCAACCCCAGUAUUCUUUUACUAUAGCAGAAGACACUCUCAUAGGUAGUACCAUUGACAUUCUGCAUGUUUUGCCUAAUCAGGGUGCUUUGUAUACCACAGUUAAUGGUGAGCUAACUGAAAACAACAAAGAUGGGGUUUUCAUCAUAGAGAAAGACACGGGGCUCAUAAAACUGGAUAAGAGACUUGACCAUGAGACAAAUCCUGCUUUUCACUUCAAAGUUGCAGCCACCAUUCAGUUAGACAAAGUAGACAUCGUGUUGACUGUGGAUGUGGAGGUUAAGGUAUUGGAUAUAAAUGACAACAAGCCCAUGUUUGAAACAGCUAGCUAUGAUGCUAUAAUAAUGGAAGGAAUGCCUGUAGGAACAAAACUUAUGCAAGUUAAAGCAGUUGAUGCAGACUCGAGUGCAAAUGGACAGGUCACCUAUACCCUUGCAGUGGAAUCAGAGCUGGAGAAGAUCACAGAAGCAUUCACCAUUGAUAGCAACAGUGGCUGGAUCAGCACGCUGAAGGAUCUGGACCAUGAAAAGGAUCCUGCUUUCACCUUUGCAGUGGUGGCCUCAGAUCUGGGGGAAGCUUUAUCCUUGUCAUCCACCACCUUGGUCUCAGUUACUGUGACAGAUAUAAAUGAUAAUGCACCCGUCUUUGAGCAUGAGGUGUACAGAGGGUCAGUGAAGGAGAGUGACCCUCCAGGGGAAGUUGUGGCUGUUCUUAGCACCUGGGAUGAAGACACAUCUGAUGUGAACCGGCAGGUUAGCUACCAUAUUACAGGAGGGAAUCCCAAAGGGAAAUUCGCUCUGGGACUGGUUCAGAAUGAGUGGAAGGUUUAUGUUAAAAGGCCUCUAGACCGGGAAGAACAAGAUAUUUAUUAUCUGAACAUCACUGCCACAGAUGGCCUCUUUGUAACCCAAGCUGCUGUGGAAGUGACCGUCACUGACGUUAAUGAUAAUAAUCCAGUUUGUGAACAGGUUGCAUACACAGCACUGUUUCCUGAAGACAUUCCAUCAAACAAAGUCAUUCUUAAAAUCAGUGCUAAAGAUGCUGACAUUGGGUCCAAUGGUGAAAUUCGCUAUUCUCUCUAUGGUGCUGGGAACAAUAAAUUUUUCUUAGAUCCAGAAAAUGGUGAGCUAAAAUCCUUGGCCCCUCUUGACCGAGAGAAAAUUCCCACGUACAACUUGGUUGCCCGAGCCACAGAUGGUGGUGGCAGGUUUUGCCAGUCAGAAAUCCAUCUUAUUUUAGAAGAUGUUAAUGACAAUCCACCAGUGUUUUCAUCUGAUCACUACACCGCAUGUGUCUAUGAGAAUACAGCCACUAAAGCUUUGUUAACAAGAGUCCAAGCCACUGAUCCUGAUGUCGGUGUGAACAGAAAAGUCACCUAUUCCUUGGCAGACUCCGCAGAUGGUUACUUCUCAGUUGACCGGUCAUCAGGAAUCAUUAUUUUGGAGCAUCCACUUGAUAGAGAGCUUCAGUCUUCCUAUAACAUUAGUGUAAAGGCCUCAGAUCAGAGCAUUGUGCUGACCUUGUCCUCAUUUGCCACCGUUACCAUUACAGUGCUAGACAUUAAUGACAACCCCCCUGUGUUUGAAAGAAGAGAUUAUCUUGUUACAGUACCUGAAGACACCUCACCUGGCACUGAGGUCCUUUCUGUUUUUGCAACAAGCCAAGACAUUGGUACAAAUGCUGAGAUUGCUUAUCUCAUCAGAUCGGGGAAUGAGAAAGGGAAGUUCAGGAUUAACUCAAAAACAGGAGUGAUUUCCAUUUUUGAAGCUUUGGAUUAUGAAUCGUGUAAGGAUUUCUACUUAGUAGUGGAAGCAAAAGAUGGAGGUACUCCAGCCCUGAGUGCCGUUACGACUGUGAACGUAAACGUGACAGAUGUUAAUGACAAUGCACCAAAAUUCAGCCAGCUCGUCUACAGCGCCGUCAUCAGCGAGGACGCCGCCAUCGGUGAUUCGGUCAUAAUGUUGAUAGCGGAAGAUCUGGACAGUCCUUCCAAUGGCCAGAUUCAUUUUUCCAUUGUGAAUGGGGAUCGAGACAAUGAAUUUUCAGUUGAUCCUGUUUUGGGACUUGUGAAGGUUAAAAAGAAAUUGGAUAGAGAAAGGAUAUCUGGUUAUUCAUUAGUUAUCCAGGCAAGAGACAGCGGCAUCCCUCCUUUGUCUUCAUCUGUGACGGUCAACGUGGACGUUUCCGAUGUGAAUGAUAAUAGCCCUUUAUUUACUCCAGCUAACUAUACAGCUGUAAUUCAAGAAAAUAAACCAGUGGGCACAAGCAUUUUGCAGCUGGUAGUGACAGACAAAGACUCUUUUCACAAUGGCCCCCCUUUUACCUUCACCAUCCUCACUGGCAAUGAAGAGGAGGAGUUUACACUGGACCCUCAUGGCGUCUUGAGAUCUGCAGUCAUCUUCAAGCACAUGGUCGCGACUGAAUAUGUGCUCUGCGUGCAGGCAAAGGACUCUGGGAAGCCUCAGCAGGUUUCCCACACCUACGUUCAGGUGAGGGUUAUUGAAGAGAGCAUUCACAAACCGACUGCCAUUCCACUGGAGAUUUUCAUUGUCACCAUGGAAGAUGAUUUUCCUGGAGGAGUCAUUGGCAAAAUUCAUGCCACAGAUCAGGAUGUGUACGAUGUCCUCACAUAUACACUAAAAUCAGAGCAGAAAAGUUUGUUCAAGGUCAACAACCAUGAUGGGAAAAUCAUUGCCCUUGGAGGGCUCGAUAACGGCAAGUAUGUCCUGAAUGUCUCUGUCAGUGAUGGCCGGUUCCAGGUACCCAUUGAUGUUGUGGUCCACGUUGAGCAAUUGCUACAAGAAAUGCUGCAGAACACAGUCACCAUCCGUUUUGAGAAUGUUUCCCCAGAAGACUUUGUGGGCCUUCACAUGCAUGGUUUCAGGCGUACCUUGCGAAACGCAGUGCUCUCCCAAAAACAAGACAGCCUACACAUCAUCAGUAUUCAGCCGGUGGCAGGCAGCAAUCAGCUUGACAUGCUGUUUGCAGUUCAGAUGCACAACAGUGGUUUCUAUAAGCCUGCCUAUUUGAUUCAGAAGCUUACCAAUGCAAGGAGACACUUGGAAAAUGUGAUUCGUAUUUCUGCUAUCUUGGCGAAGAAUUGCUCUGGACUGGAUUGUCAGGAACAACACUGUGAGCAAAGUCUAUCUAUUGAUUCACAUUCCCUGAUGACCUACAGCACGGCACGAAUUAGUUUUGUGUGCCCCCGCUUCUACAGGAAUGUGCGCUGCAUGUGCAAUGGAGGACUCUGCCCAGGGUCUAACGACCCCUGUCUGGAGAAGCCGUGUCCAGGGGACAUGCAGUGUGUGGGGUAUGAAGCUAACCGGAGACCAUUCAUCUGCCAGUGCCCACCAGGAAAGCUUGGCGAAUGUUCAGGCCACACUUCCCUUAGCUUUGCUGGGAAUAGCUACAUUAAAUACCGGGUUUCUGAAAAUAGCAAGAAAGAGGAAUUCAAGUUGGCUCUCCGUCUGCGAACCUUGCAAAGCAAUGGGAUUAUAAUGUACACCAGAGCGAAUCCCUGUAUAAUUCUGAAGAUUGUCGAUGGCAAACUGUGGUUCCAGCUGGACUGCGGCAGCGGCCCGGGAAUCCUGGGAAUUUCUGGCAGGGCCGUUAAUGAUGGAAGCUGGCAUUCGGUCUUCCUGGAGCUGAAUCGCAAUUUCACAAGCUUGUCCCUGGAUGACAGCUACGUCGAGCGCCGCAAAGCCCCCCUCUAUUUCCAGAGUCUCAGCACAGAUAGCUCCGUCUACUUUGGCGCCCAGGUCCAAGUGGAUAACGUCCGCAGCCUGACCGACAAGAGAACCACGCAGGUCUUGAGCGGCUUUCAGGGCUGCCUGGAUUCAGUUGUCCUCAAUAACAACGAACUGCCGCUCCAAAACAAGCGCAGCAGCUUUGCAGAAGUGGUUGGCCUGACCGAAUUAAAGCUUGGCUGCGUCCUCUACCCCGAUGCCUGUGAGAGGCAUCCCUGCCAGAACGGCGGCACCUGUACCAGCGUGCCAUCUGGUGGCUACCAGUGCAAUUGCCUCUCCCAGUUUACGGGAAGAAACUGUGAGUCAGAGAUCACAGCCUGUUUCCCAAAUCCCUGCCGGAACGGAGGCUCAUGUGAUCCCAUCGGCAACGCUUUCAUCUGCAACUGCAAAAAUGGCCUGACGGGAGUAACGUGUGAAGAAGACAUCAACGAGUGUGAAAGAGAAGAAUGUGAAAAUGGUGGCUCUUGUGUCAACAUAUUUGGUUCAUUUCUGUGUAACUGCACCCCUGGGUAUGUGGGGCAAUACUGUGGUCUUCGCCCUGUGGUGGUUCCCAAUAUACAAGCUGGGCAUUCAUACGUUGGCAAGGAGGAGCUGAUAGGAAUAGCUGUGGUCCUGUUUGUCAUAUUUGUGUUGAUCAUCCUCUUUAUCAUCUUUCGUAAGAAAGUAUUCAGGAAGAACUAUUCCCGCAACAACAUCACACUUGUACAGGAUCCGGCUACUGCCGCCCUGCUCAACAAGAGCAACGGCAUCCAGUUCAAGAACAUCAGGAACAGUGGAGACAGUAGAAAUAUCUACCAAGAGGUUGGGCCUCCCCAGGUCCCAGUGAGGCCUAUGGCCUAUACCCCGUGCUUCCAGAGUGACUCACGGAAUAACUUGGACAAGAUAGUGGAUGGGCUUGGCGUGGAGCACCAGGAGAUGACAACGUUUCAUCCUGAGUCCCCUCGAAUACUGACAGCCAGGCGGGGGGUGGUGGUGUGCAGUGUGGCUCCAAACUUGCCCGCCGUGUCUCCCUGUCGUUCCGACUGCGAUUCCAUCAGGAAAAGCACGUGGGAUGCUGGGACAGAAAGUAAAGGAGUUGAUGACGCUGAAGAAGUGACCUGUUUUGCAGGAAGUAAUAAAGGCAGCAACUCUGAAGUACAGUCCCUCAGCUCCUUCCAGUCUGAUUCCGGUGAUGAUAAUGCUUCCAUAGUGACUGUCAUACAGCUUGUCAACAAUGUAGUUGACACUAUAGAAAAUGAAGUGUCUGUUAUGGAUCAAGGACAGAACUACAACAGAGCGUAUCAUUGGGAUACCUCUGACUGGAUGCCAAGUGCUCGCUUGUCUGACAUUGAGGAAGUGCCCAAUUUUGAGACAGCAGAUGGAGGCUCGGCUCAUCACGGCAGUACCAGAGAGCUGGAAACAGAUUACUACCUUGGUGGCUACGACAUUGACAGCGACUACCCUCCCCCUCACGAAGAGGAGUUUUUAAGCCAGGACCAGUUACCACCUCCUCUUCCAGAGGAUUUUCCAGACCAAUAUGAAACCCUCCCGCCCUCGCAGCCGGUCUCAAUGGCAAGUACGCUCAGCCCCGAUUGCAGGCGACGGCCACACUUCCACCCUAGCCAGUACCUCCCUCCUCACCAGUUCCCCAAUGAGACAGACACUGCAGGGUCUCAGACUGGGAAUGAAUUUAGUACUUUUGCUGUUGGCCCAAGCCAGAACACAGAAAACGUUAGUGCAGGUAAGAUGACCUUAUCCUUGCACAACUCUCUAGAUGCCUCCUCCUCUGACGUCUCAGCCAGCUGUGGCUUUGAUGACUCCGAAGUAGCCAUGAGUGACUAUGAAAGCGUGGAGGAGCUCAACCUAGAAAAUGUUCACAUUCCAUUUGUGGAGACCCAGCAUCAGACACAAGUGUAAAGGAAGCUCCCUUCUUAUUCUUCUUCCUCCUCUUCUUUUUUUUUUUUCCCUUUUUUUGUAAUUUGGUCCAAUUAAUAGUAUAAAUAUUGAGAAGAAAUUUUGCUGAAGGUGUAUCUAUAUAUAUUGGGCGAGGCAAAAUACAGUAUAACCCAUUAUUAACUUGUUCAGAAAUGAUACUGUAUGUGCAGACACAAAGAGACCAAUUGUGUUAAGCAUUAUAUAUCACAAAAUUCUUACAGACAAUCUGGAGAGUAUGUACCUUCUAUUUAUUACCAAGAGCAAAACAGCCUUUGAGGCAGGGGAAACAAUAAUUGCUAAAUAAUUUCUUUCUCUCCUCCAAAGUCUGAUUUUUUUUUUUUUUUUUGUUCUGCUAUUGUAUUAAAAGUGUUACAGUGUACAGUAUUAAGGAGAUGGUAUGCAUCAUUCCAAGAUGCACCAUUGCAUGAAAUUUUAUGUCAGCAAAAGAGUGAAAGCAAUUGAUCGCUGAGGCUGCUGUGUACAGCAUGUCAGAGGGCUGAAAAAACAUCAUUUACAAAGUGACCUAUCAAAGACAAGUGACCAGUCAUUUGUUCAUAAAUAAUUACCUGUACUUUUGUUUGUUAAAUAGCAUUUCAUUCUACGUUGUGUGCAUAUAGAGCAACAUAUAUGCAACAUAUAUUUACUCCAAAUUGGCCUACUUUGGUUGCCAUUUUUUAAAACCUGAUGUCAGAUGCAUGUGCAUAACUUCACCUGUGAGGACCAGAAAUGUCAGAGUUUGGCCCAGUAGAUUCAUUACAGAGAUUCAUUACAGUACUGUGAUUUCCAGGCACUCAAGCUAUUUUCUUAAAGCUCAGUGAUGUCUUAGAUCCUGAAUUAUCCCAUGAUUUCUUUAGCCUAUAGCUGCAGUAAAAGGCUUUUCACUUCCACUGUUUUCCUGAAAUCAGAAAGUUGAGUGUUCUAUCUCACAGUUUUGCCCCAGCUGCAUAUGCACGGCCUCCUUUGACUUCUGUAUGCGAUGUGAACAUGUACCUGAACAAAUUGGGAAUUCUAACUAUCUACGAAGUGCUGCUGGUUUUUUUUAAAUUCCUUGCUUAGGCAAUCACCUCUUUAACAGCAGUCAUCAUACUACAAUUAUUGCCAUAAAAUUAGUUGCAAUUAAGUUGCAUAUAACGCUGCUGUAACCUCAAAUCAUUAGCGUAACGUCAUUUGGAAAACGUCCAUCCUUAGAGUUUACGGGAUGAAUUCUCAGCUGCUGUAAACUGACUCAGUCGGUGGAACUGCACGGAUGGGCUGCGGCCAAAGAUCUGGCCCUAGAUUUUCUACUAGAUGUGUGAUUUCAUAGGAUCUGAGGACUUCCAAAGGUUGUUGCAAACUUCAGAAUAUUGUUGUGGGAUGAGGAAAACCAUGACCGGUAUGAUUUGACCUGAGCAGCUAAAUGCAAUAUGGAAAUACAGGAUUUUCACUCAACGUAUUAAAGCAGAAUAUACAUACCUGUUGCUCAGUGCUAUGAAAAUGUUUUCACCACUGCAUUUUACAACAUAUACCCUAUACAGUGAAUGUGAGUCUUCAGUCUGCAUGCAUUACUGCUGGGGUUUCAUCCAUUCCUUCCGUGGCAUAAUUCAGUCCUUCUCAAAAGCUAUUGAAUACAUAAAUUGUUGUUAUAGAUGAACAGAUUAAUUAGCAGGUUUCCUCUGCUGCUUUCCAUGUCCUGUCUCUUGGUCAGACAUCUUAACUGAAUAGUUCCAGCAGUUGUAUUCCAGGGCAUGUUCUUGACUGACUUGAGUUUCACCCUAAAUUAAAUUGUGGGCCAUUCCUUGACAUACAGGAUUUGUUUAUUCAGAAAUUGCCCCCAACACAAAGCAAUUAAUAAUAGAAUGUAAUUUAAAUAAUUGCACCUUGUAACACUUUUAAUAAAAUAGGAUUUCUAAAAUUCUCAGAGUAGGUACAAUAUGUUGCUGCUUCCCUCCAGUAGCUCAUACAGCUGUGAAAGGUUGGUGUAGAUAUUUUCUUUGGGAUCAUGCAACAAUUCUUCACUAGAUAACAGCUCAUUAUACAGGUACAUGAAUAAAUUGAGUGAACUUCUAGAAGAAUGUACUGCACAUACAAGUAUUAUCAAGUACUUGUUUGCAAAUAGUUCCUGUCCAUUGAAUUAAUGAAUGUCACUUGGUCUUCUCAAAGUAAACAUGCUUCUGUAACAGUGAUAUAUUCUGAAUGUGCUCCUGGUACGUUUCAACCCCUUUUCCCUGCUACUAUCCAUGUGUUUUCAAGAAGAUAAAAAAUAUGGAAAUUUGUAUCGCGAUUGCAAGGAACUGAGCUAUUUGCCAAUAUGCAAUGGUUUGGCAAGCCCAGAGGCACAGAUAGAGGACUUGCAUUGUUCAUGAAGUCUAUGUUGCAGGAAAGCAGAUGCAAUUAGAUUGAUGUCUCUUCAAGAGUAGGAACAUCUGAGUUUGAAAAACAAAGCUGCACAUUUAGCUGCACUUUUAAAGCUGGUAUGACUUUCUGAGAAUGUAAUGCUCUCUUAGCAUCGAGCUGCAGUUCACAUGAGGUUUUCUCCUACUCAGUUUUGAUGUGAGACAUUUUUACCCAUUAUGCAUUUAGUUCUAUUCAAGCCCCCAGCUAGUUAUGAAGUGUACUUGCCAUCUGUUUUCUCUAGUGAAAAUUCUUGGGUAAGCCUGAGACACUGAUAUCAAAACUUUACUGGGCCAUAUCAAAAGUGUCAUGAGGGACGACACCAUGGGAGCCUAGCAAUUGCCAUACAAAAAAAAAAAAAAUGAAAUAAAAAAAUCAAUGUUUCUUACCAAGCUUGUUGCCUCAAAAAUAUCUUGUUGGUAGUAAGUUUUACUAGUAAAAUAUGCAUAAAUACAAUGUAUAGUAAUUUUCUGUUCUGAUGUUGUUGCCAUUUCAUUUCACUGAACGCCUACUUAUUAAAGUGCUGUUGGGAAGGUGCCAAGGAUCACCCACUCAGCCUUCUCUGUCCCACUCAUGAUUUCUAUACCUCAAUAUCUCCUCCCAUCCAAAUUGAAUAGGCCUAAUCCAUUUUUAAACAGAUGUUCCUCUGUGAAUAUUGGUACUUCUGUGGAUUUCCUGGUUUUCUUUAAGCUCUGUUUGAUAAUGAGAACACCCAAAUGCAGAUCUAAAGGUGAAAUACCUCUUAGGGAAUAAGAUUUUCAUAUUAACAUCUCUCUUGUUAAUCUAAACCAUUUUAUUUUCUUUUAAAUUACUGCUCCACGUGGACAAGCUGUAACCUUGUAACAUGGAAGAUAACAACACAUUCAUAACCUAAUGCAAGAAUUAGUGUUGAUAUUAUUCCAUCCAAUAUAUAUUUAUUUUUCUGCCAUUUGAUGAUUGUUCUAUAUCUGCUCCUGUCAUUGCCAGUUAGAGCUUCCCCUCACAUCUCUGCUUAUACAGUGUGUCUGUAUUUCAGUUCACAUUCCUGUAGAUGGCUCCACUCCACGGUAUUUUCUUUGGGAAUCAUCUGUAGAACAGAUUUCAUAGACUUAAUAAAGUACUUUUAAGUAUCAGUGGAUUAUAACUAUUAGGAUCAAGACAGUCAUUGAUUUUUUUGUGAAGAAACAACAAAGGAAAUAAGCAACUUGUUAAAAUGCAAAUGCAUGCUUGUAUCAGAAAUCACUGAUUUGCCAGGGAUGUAUGAGUCUGUGUAAAAGGGUGCUUGUUCUCUGUGUUUUGAUCAGGUUGAGAAUGUCAUGCACAUUGACAGCCUUUUUGAUAACUUAGGCAAUGGAAAGAGCCUUGAAGUGACUGACAACAAAUUUGUGCUAUCAAUACCAUAUUAGGUGGCUUUGUACAAAAGGAAAAAAUAGGGUUAUGUAUCUUUCUUAAGUAUGCUAAUUAUUUUGCCUUUGUGUUAUAAAUAUCUUAAAAAAAAAAAAAAGGCAAAAAAAUUAAAACCACAAAGCCACAGAUACUCGAUGUGAUUGCUGUCCUGAGCCAGUAUCUUACAGCAAGGCAGAGGGACAAAGGUGACACCAAGGAGCUGCAGAAUCACUUCCCUCCCAUGGGGUCAAAUGGACAGCCCCACUAGAAUACCCCCCCUUAAGUUGCCUUAUUGUAGGACCCAGCAUAUGAAGGGAACCAGGAGGAUGUUGCAGUGCAGAGAUUCAUUACAGUACUGUGAUUUCCAGGCACUCAAGCUAUUUUCUUAAAGCUCAGUGAUGUCUUAGAUCCUGAAUUAUCCCAUGAUUUCUUUAGCCUAUAGCUGCAGUAAAAGGCUUUUCACUUCCACUGUUUUCCUGAAAUCAGAAAGUUGAGUGUUCUAUCUCUCAAGCAGGCUCUUCCCCUCUGCACAUCCCACAGAAAAGUUAAAUUUUGGUCCUCAGAAUUCUCUAGCGUAGCCUGAAGUAGUGCUAUCCUUGAUGUAUUGGUACCCACUCCUGUUAGCAACUCAGAGUGGGUGCCGCACAGUGAAAAAAUGCGUGCCACUGAAUGCUGAUUAAUGAGGCAGCGGCAGCCUUUUGUCUCUGCGAGCCAGGCAGGUGGUAAAGUAUGAGAACAUGACAUAGAAACUGUUGCUCUUGGCUCAAUAUAAAUUCCAUUGUAAAGAGAAAUCUGGGCUGGAACUUGACAAAUGUUUAAGAACACAGCCUUACUCCUCAUCGACCUUCCGCUUGAAAAUGCUAAAUGGAUGCUAUAGUGUGUCCUCACAGCCAGUAAUGUCUGUAGUCAUGGGAGAGAGAGUUGAAGGGCCCUGGAACAGUUCUGCUAAGCUUUGUUUGAAAAGGUAGCAUCCCUAAUAAUGGAGAAAAACAUCUAUUUAAAACCAGUAGUGAUAAUACAUCUGUGCUUUGUUGGUAUUUUUUGGAGCUAUUCACUGAAUAAUAAUGAACGUUUCAUAGGUUUCCAGUGAGAGCUACAUCUUCAGAUUCAUUCUCUGGUGGUUUACUACAUUUACCAUGUAGUAAAACUGUGCUUAUUGCCUGUUCACAUUUCUGUUCCUCUCAAUACACCAAACUGAGAUUUGAGCCUUAGAAUUUUAGACUAUUGCCCAUUAUCCAUGGCUUUUAGCCUGUGUUUCAUAAACUUGACAUUUAACAUCUCCAUUAUCAGAAGGGCCAUUCAGUUAGUAAAUUAGCUGCAUCAUGCAAGGGAUGGGCAGAUAGGGAGGAAAUGUAAUUAAAUUCAUUUAUUUAUGUAAUAAUGAAAAGCAAUAAUUACAAAUAUGUCGUAUUACACAAAGGCCAUAAGUAAUCUUUACCAGUGUUAAGAGUGCACUUGAACUGUAUUAUGGAAAGAGAUUGGAGCCCUCGGAACUGUAGCAUUCACCAUAGGAAUACCUGAAUUGCUAUUAUUUAACAAUGCAAUGAGCCCAUACUGCCGCUUUUCAGGAGGUGACAAAGAUGUUUAGGGGUGAAAGCAGUUCUCUUUAAAGCACUGUAUCGGAAAAGAUUGUCUUGUAAAUUUUACCUGUCGCAAGCAGGCUGGUUUGUAAAAGAUGUAUGUUUUGGUGUUUCAAAAGAAGUUUAUAAAAUAAUGUAUAUAAUGGUUUCAAAUUACCAGGCUUUUGUAGAUAUUUGAUGCCAAUCAGGUCGCUUUAAUUUUUUUUGUUUGUUUGUUUGUUUGAUAUAAUUCUAAAGAAUCAUCAAAGUUGGUUUAAACUUCUAAGGUAACAGCAAAAACAAAAAACAAAAAAGUUUUAGAUUUGAAAACUUUUUUAAUCAUUUCAAAAUGUACUGUAACUUUCCUUUGGGUUCAGCUCUUUUUGUUUAACUUUUUUCUGGUUUUAAGAAGAUUGUUUUUAUUGACUUUUUUUAAAUGAAUAUGCUUUGCACAAAAAACUAGAAAUAUGAUUUUUAUGCCAUUUCGAGUAGGUGAUUAAGAGAUGUCAUUCCGCCAAUGACAACGAAUUCAACCUUAUGCAAAAGGGAAGGUUUAUCACUUUAAGUGGGUAUAGUCCUUCAUCUGAAAACUAAUUGUUCCUUCAUAAUUGCUGUUGGCAGUAUUGUCUUGUGUUCUUUUGCUAUAAAAACAAAACAACAAAAAAAAAAAAGUGUACAGGUUUGUAACUGCCAAAAUUUGCUAAAGUUGAUGGUUAAAACAAGUUUUCCAAGUAAACAAAAAGAAAAGC